AUGUGCGCGUGUCUGGUGGCCUUUUGCACAUUCCACCUCAGGAGCGCAGGGCAGCAGGACGGCGGCGGUGUUUCCGACGACGAGAGCGCGCAACGGCGCCUGAGCAACGAUAGCGAUCCGAACGAGGGCGAGGCCGGGGGCGGACACUUCACGAAAGGGCCGUGGUUGUCGUUGUGCUCGGCCAUUGACGCCCCCAUCGCGGAGGAGGGAGCGAGUGGCAGCAAGGCGGUACAAGCGUUUCUGCGGGGAGCCGUGUCCCCGAUGUUGGAGGUCCUCGCCGGAGACUUUGAUCUGCGCGUGCCGGUCGUGACCGCCGUCAUCGACUCCUACACGAAGCUCUCAAUCAGUGACGUUGUCGUUGAGCUCGUGGACCCUUCAGGAAGAAUAAAAGGACACCUGCAUCCGGGCUGCUUGGAAGAGCACGGCCCCUCCUUGGGCCCAGGCGCGGCACUGCUACUUAAAGAAGUGUCUAUCUUCGUGUCGGGACCCGGCACUACCCGAUUGCUCAACGUGCAUCCCGAUUGCGUCCUCGCCGUGUUUCCGGCGGACACGUCCCCACCAGCGCCUUCGCGUUUGGAGUGGCUCACAACUUGCGGUGGGUCGUAG